AUGACAUCUACACCAACAUUCAAACCCGGACUCAUCCUCCACGGUGGUGCAGGCGCCAUCCACCGCUCCACCCUUCCUCCAGAUCUCUACGCGAAAUACCACGCCUCUCUGCUUUCCUACCUUCGCUCUACAAAAAAGCUCCUCAACGAUGGCGCGCGUGCCAUCGAUGCAGGGGUUCGCGCCGUCUCGCUCAUGGAAGACGACGAGCUCUUCAACUGCGGUCGCGGCAGCGUCUUCACCUCCGCGGGGACAAUCGAAAUGGAAGCAUCGGUUAUGGUUACAUCGGCGAGAAGCGACAGCAAUGUGACGAACGCCAGCGAUACCAUGAAGCGGGGCGCCGGCGUUAUCUGUGUUCGGAACGUGCGGCAUCCCAUACAACUAGCGAAGGAGGUCCUUGUCCGCACGGGGCAGGAUGAGAAUGGGAAUUUAGUUCCUGGUGAUGGUGAAGGUCAAGAUCCCGGCAGUAUGCAUUCGCAGCUUUCUGGGCCGUAUGUUGAGGAGCUUGCCCGUGGUUGGGGGCUUGAGUUCAAGCCUGAUGAAUGGUUUUGGACACAGGCGCGGUGGGACGAGCAUCAAAGGGGAUUGCGCAAGCCCAAUCGGGAAUGUACGUCUGGGUCCGGACUAGGGUUGGGGUAUGACUACCCUAGUCAGGGAACGGUUGGGUGUGUUUGUCUUGAUCAAUGGGGUGAUUUGGCUGUUGCGACCAGCACGGGCGGGUUGACGAAUAAGUUGCCUGGCCGGGUGGGCGACACGCCUACGCUCGGAGCGGGCUUUUGGGCUGAAGCCUGGGACGUUGAAAGUCGUGAUUCGGCGAGUCAGCCUGAGGACAUGCGGUAUCUUCCGCAAAGCGGACAGCUCCCAUUUCGUAACGUGGGUUUUUCAAAGUCCGUCUGGGAUAUGACUCUUGCAGACUGCAUGCCCGACCUGUCUCUCCUGUUCAGGGAGACUUUCGGGGCUGAACCUGACACAAACAUCAAUACACAUUCGCCGCCGGAGCAGUCAUUCACUGAUCAGAAGUCCAGGCCGGUCCGUCCUCGGAAGAAACGACGAGCGGCGGCCGUAUCUGGAACAGGGAAUGGUGAUGCAUUCCUCCGCACUGCUGCCGCUCGAACGGCGUGUGCGAUGGUGCGGUUCUCUGAACAGACGAUUAGUCUAGGUAAAGCCAUCUCAGCCGUUGCGGGAGCGGAUGGCGAGCUGCAGCGAUCUGCAGGGCGAAGAUGGGGCAAGACAAGUGAGGGGCAGGGUGGCAUUAUUGGAAUUGAGGCUGCAAUUGACGAAGAUACAAUAGGUGAUUCAGGCUUGCAUCGCGGGAAGGUUGUUUUCGACUUCAAUUGCGGAGGGCUGUUUCGGGCUUGGGUUGAGGAGGAUGUAGAUGGGAGGGAUAUAGAGCAUGUCAUGGUGUUUAAAGAGCCAUAUUAG